CAAAGUAAAUUCAUGGUUUGUAUAACAGAAAAAUAAAUAUGUUUGGUGGCACGUCGAGAGAAAUUACUAAAAGUUUAAUCGUGAAAUUUGGUGAGAAGUAAUAUCCAAUAUUAUUAAAAGAAAAAGAUGGUGGUCAGAAUAAUAUUUUAAAUACAUGUUGGAAAAGAUUUCAAACUAAUUUACCUCGUCAAGAAAAUGUGAAAAAAAUUCUUUAUCAAAAAUAUGGACAACCAACGUUUAUGUCUCAUCCACAUCUUUUGAAAGAUGGAGAGGUUACACCUGGUAUACAUCGUGACGAGUUUAAAUUGAGGAGAUUAAAAUUAGUAGAAAAUAUUAAGCUAAAUUCUGAUAAGACAGACCAAUAUAAAUCACAAUUUAUAAUUAUACCAUCAUCUUCUAAAGUAUAUAUGUCAGACAAAAUCCCAUAUGUAUUUCGUCAGAACACAGAUUUUUUAUAUUUUUGUGGUUGCCAAGAACCUAAUACAAUAUUAGUAAUUACAUCCAUAGGAGAUACUGUUACAUCUAUUUUAUUUAUGAAUCAAAAAGAUCAACAUUCAGAAUUAUGGGAAGGACCAAAAACUGGUGUAGAAGCUGCCCCUAAUUUAUUUGGAGUUAAUAAAGCACUUCCUGUGACAGAAUUUGAGAGAUUUUUUUUUUCUUUUAUUAAUGAAUAUAAAAAUAGUAUAAUUUGGUACGAUGAUAACAAUGUAUUACAGACCAAUCUCCAUACAAAGUUAAAUGAAUUAAUAAGAACAAAUAAUAUCCAAAAGUUCACUAAUCCAAGAAACCUAUUUCAUAAAGUUCGUUCCAUUAAAUCGCAAAGUGAAAUCAAUUUGAUGCAAAAAAGUUGCGAUGUCGCUUCCAUGGCAAUAAAAAAAACUAUGCAAGUUUCCAAGCCAGGGAUGAGUGAACAUCAAUUAUUUGCAAUAGUUGAUUAUGAAUGUCGUAUGAAUGGUGCAGAAUUCUUAGCUUAUCCACCUGUUGUAGCUGCAGGAAACAAUGCAAAUAUUAUUCAUUAUAUUUCUAAUAAUCAAAUUAUUCAACAUGAAGAUAUGGUAUUAAUGGAUGCAGGUUGUCAAUAUAAUGGUUAUACAUCUGACAUUACAAGAACAUGGCCUGCUAAUGGUAAAUUCAUACCAGAACAAAGAAUUCUAUAUGAAACAGUAUUAGAUAUACAGAAGGAGUUAUUAGAAAAAGUCAAAGAAAUGCCAACAUUAGAUCAAUUAUUUCACUCCAUGUGUUCACUCUUGGGUAAAAGAUUACAAGAAGUAGGAUUAAUACCAAAAAGUUUAUCUGGAGAUAAAUUAAUAUCAGCUGCAUUUAGUUAUUGUCCGCAUCAUGUAAGCCAUUAUUUAGGAAUGGAUGUACAUGAUACUGCCAAAAUUUCUGCUAAUAUCCCAUUACAACCUGGAAUGAUUAUAACUAUUGAACCUGGUAUAUAUGUUAAUCCUAAAAAUCCUUUAGCACCAUCAAAUUUUCAUGGCUUAGGAGUACGAGUUGAGGAUGAUGUUUUAAUAAAAGAAAAUGGUCCUUUAGUAUUAUCAAGAAAUUGUCCAAAAGAAAUUGCUGAAAUAGAAGCUAUUGCAAGUGAGAAUCAAUCUUGUUCAAAAUCCACUUAAUAGUGUCAAAUCUGUUAAAAUGUCUUAGUACGUAAACAAAUGUAUGAAAAACUUUAAUGGAAGAAUAUAUAUUACCCAUUUCAUUUUAA